AAAAAACUGUGAGUAGAUAAAAGCGGAUUGAAUUUUGAGGCUCAGCUUUCAUCAAGAAAGACAAAGCUCGCAGAUUUUGUGCCUUACAAGUUGUUGGAGAUAAAUCCAUAUACUCAUAAAUAUCUACUACUAUAAAGACAGCUUCUUUGCUUUCUUAUCACAAUGGAGGAUAUUACUAGAAGAAUACCAGACUGUUCUCUUGAAGUUUCCUUUAUCUAAAUAUUCUUGUUUUUUGUUUUUGUUGAAUUGAAAUGGCAGUAGCUAUGGCUUCUGGUGGGAUUGUUUCUGGGCUUUGCAGUGGUUUAAGAGCGAUCGAGAAGCAGCCCAUUUCAAUCCGUGGUGUUCUUAGAGGCUCUUUUGAAUUGGGUUCAGUUCAUAGGGUUGGCAUUGUUCCCAAGAGGUUAGCGUUGUCAGCAAGUACAUGUCCAAAAGCAUCCUCGUCCACUGUUGAGACUGCUGAAGUUCCAACACCAAAAGUCAUAAUAGAUCUGGAUUCAGACCCAGAUGCGACUGUGGUAGAGGUCACCUUCGGGGAUCGCCUAGGAGCACUAAUCGAUACAAUGAAUGCGCUAAAGAACCUUGGACUUAACGUUACCAAGGCAAACGUCUAUCUUGAUUCUUCGGGGAAGCACAACAAGUUUGCAAUCACAAAAGCUUCUACAGGUAGAAAAGUUGACGACCCAGAGUUGCUCGAGGCAAUUCGUUUAACAAUUCUUAACAAUAUGCUAGAGUUUCAUCCGGAAUCAAGUUCCCAGUUAGCUCUGGGUGAAGCUUUUGGCGUUUUUCAACCAAGUCAAAAGGUUGACGUGGAUAUAGCAACACAUGUCCAUGUCUACGAUGAUGGCCCUGAACGGAGCUUACUCAGUGUGGAGACAGUGGACCGACCUGGAUUAAUAGUCGAUCUUGUAAAGAUGAUUACUGACAUAAACAUUGACGUUGAAUCAGGAGAAUUCGACACCGAGGGAUUGUUGGCUAAGGCGAAAUUUCAUGUCAGUUACAAGGGUAAAGCUCUAAUCAAGCCCCUUCAACAGGUUCUUGCAAAUAGUCUGCGGUAUUUCUUGAGAAGGCCAACGACAGAAGAGUCGAGCUUUUGAUGCGUUGCAGGCUGUGGCACGAUGAGGCACAAUGGUCAAUGGCGCCUGGUAAAAUGAAUUUAUGCCUCAUAUUUGAUUAAUAUUUGACAGAAUCCAUUUUGAGGUUUACAAUGAAAAGAAAAAUGCAUGUAAUUUACAAAAAUGCAGUUUGAAUACUUCACUACUUUUAUAGAAUUUUUUCCAUGUAUACAUCAAUCCACUUCCAGCAAAGUAGAAAUAGCCAGUUACCAGUGCAAAUCCUGCAAUCUAAGUAUAAUUGUCGGACUGAUCAAAAUAUUGAAAUUUGUGUUUUAUUAUCAGAGUCAAA